CGUGAAUGAUAAGAACUUUCUUGACGAAAAAGACUUGAGAUUUGUUACUUUCAGACGCGUCCUUGAUUCUCGGAUGAAAGAAUUGUUAUCAAAAGGGUUUGGAACAAAAGUUAAAAGAGCUGAUCCUCUCAGUCUACAAGAUGAAGAAAAUUUGUGGCAAAAGGGGGUUUUUGGAAUGACGAAUUCUGUAUCGCUCCAGCAUACUGCUUUUUUCUAUGCAUGCAAACUUUUUGGUUUGCGAGGACGAGAUGAACACCGUAAUCUAGACUGUUCCCAAUUUGAAAUUGGGACCGACCAAAUUGGAAAGUAUGUGCGCUUCAUAGGGAGGAGUACAAAAACUUUCAAAGGAGGUUUAUCCCAUCUUAGUCUGGAUAACAAGGAUAUCAAACAUUACUCCGAAGAAGGUCCUCGAUGCAUUGCUACACAUUUUCAGAAAUAUUUCGAGGCGCUCGGUAAUGACGGCAUCUUUUACCGUAAACCACUCGAGGGAAAUUCUGAGCAAACUAUUAGAUAUGGAAAGCAGGCUGUUGGCAUUAACAAAUUGGACCUUUUCAUGAAGGAAAUUUGUCAGAAAGGUGGUAUUCAGGGCAACUUUUCAAAUCAUUCAGGCAAGCGUACAUGUGCGACUCAAUUAUACCAAGCAGGGAUCGAGGAACAGGAGAUAAUGGGUAGAACGGGGCACAGAUCAAAUGCUGUCCGAACCUACAAAACUUCAAAUGAAACAAUACAGAAAAAGGUUUCAAAUGUGCUUAAUCCUCCUCGAGAUGCCAUCGAAACUGCAGAAGUAUCCUUUUUCGAGGAAAAUUCUAGUGAUGAACCGACUACUGAAAAUACGAGUGUGUUAGCCACAACACCGAUGAAACGUCAACGGACCACACCAGAAAUGCUUAAAGACGUUACAAAUACUAAAGGGGUUGUUCAAUUUUCAAAUUGCAACUUCAACUUUCACUAACUAAGCUCUGCAUUUGAACAAAUUUUCAUUUCAAUAUGUAAUGAUCAAUUUUAGGUUUAUGUUUCAAAAGUACAAAGAAAAUUUGUAAAAAAAAAUCGGUUCUAUUUUGAAAAAAUUAAUGCGUAGUCGUUUCAUUUUUUUGGUUGUCUGUCUGGCGGAGAAAACCUACACAGAUUUAAAGAUUUGUAUUUUGUUAUAAGAAUUCUAAUAAAAUUGACAUUUU